CCCAUUGUUAGGGUUUUUAGCGAAGCCUCGAAGGGGACGCCGUCGCCGCCGAGGGAAAGGAGGGGCUUCGGCAUUGCAGGGUGAAGGAGGAGCAACAUGUCUCACCGGAAAUUUGAGCACCCUAGGCAUGGGUCCCUUGGGUUUCUUCCAAGGAAACGAGCCUCUCGCCACCGUGGAAAAGUGAAGUCUUUUCCGAAGGAUGACCCAACAAAACCCUGCAAGCUUACAGCAUUCCUUGGCUACAAGUCUGGAAUGACACACAUUGUCCGUGAGGUUGACAAGCCGGGAUCAAAGCUUCACAAGAAGGAGACUUGUGAGGCUGUGACAGUUAUCGAAACCCCGCCAAUGGUUGUUGUUGGGGUUGUGGCUUAUGUGAAGACACCACGGGGUCUUCGUUCUCUCAAUACAGUUUGGGCACAGCAUCUCAGUGAGGAAGUGAGGAGGAGAUUCUAUAAGAACUGGUAUAAAUCCAAGAAGAAGGCAUUCACAAAAUAUUCCAAGAAAUAUGAUAGUGAGGAGGGAAAGAAAGAGAUUCAAGUACAGCUGGAGAAGAUGAAGAAGUAUGCAUCUGUUAUUCGUGUCCUGGCUCACACUCAGAUAAGGAAGAUGAAAGGCCUGAAACAGAAGAAAGCUCACCUAAUGGAGAUUCAAGUGAAUGGAGGGACAAUUGCACAGAAGGUGGACUAUGCUUACAGCUUCUUUGAAAAGCAAAUCCCAGUAGAUGCAGUCUUCCAGAAAGAUGAGAUGAUUGAUAUCAUUGGUGUAACUAAAGGCAAGGGUUAUGAAGGUGUUGUCACUCGUUGGGGUGUCACUCGCCUUCCCCGUAAAACCCACAGGGGUCUCCGCAAGGUUGCUUGUAUUGGUGCAUGGCAUCCUGCCAGGGUCUCCUAUACCGUUGCUCGUGCUGGGCAGAACGGAUAUCACCAUCGUACUGAGAUGAACAAGAAGAUUUACAAGCUUGGCAAAGCUGGAGAUGAGUCGCACACUGCCAGUACUGAGUUCGACAGGACGGAGAAGGAGAUCACCCCCAUGGGUGGCUUCCCCCACUAUGGUGUGGUUAAAGAUGAUUAUGUGAUGAUCAAAGGAUGCUGUGUUGGUCCCAAGAAGAGGGUGGUCACACUCCGUCAGUCCUUGCUGAAGCAGACCUCUCGUGUUGCUCUUGAAGAAAUCAAGCUCAAGUUCAUCGACACUUCUUCCAAGUUUGGACAUGGACGCUUCCAGACCACUCAAGAGAAGCAGAAGUUCUAUGGAAGAUUGAAAUCUUAACUCCCGCUAAGGUCAUGCUGAGACUAUGCUAUGAGGUAGUUAGCGAAUGAGAUGAAAAACCCGAUACUCAAAUGUUUUAUCUCAAGUUUUGUUGUGUUUUAGUCAUUUUUAGAAUCAUUUAGAUUGUGAUUGGGUACCCAGAAAUGAAGGAACUGAUCUUUGCAUUUGUUGUGAUUCGAAUUCUGAGAGUUUCCAUUUUCCAUGGUUGACAGACCUAAUGUUUUCUCUGAGUACAUCGAAUGCCAAUAUUUUUGGAAUUUUUAUAUUA